CAUGGGUUAAAAUCAGGACCCAGGAGGUAGAAGCUUUCACCAAGCAUAUCAACUCGGUGGAUGACAACAUCAAUUUCACUCGUGAGGACGCCAGGGAUGACUGCCUGGCCUUUCUGGUAGUUUUGCACCACCCCUUCAAUUUCAAGAAGGCGUGCUUGAACUACGGGAUCUUUGAAUAUGUUUUCAUUACUCCGACAUGCUGCUCCAAGCUUUUGUUUCCUUAUUUUAUGCCAGAAACAGAGCUGGUCCAUUUGCCAUCUUGGACUAUCAGCGACCUGUAGCUGAAUGAAUGUUGUGAAUUAAUCAGCAAAACUAAAGUAUAACAAAGAUAAUGUACACUCUUAUAGGGGGUCAUGUUGUAGAUUAUACUUUGGUUUUUGUAUAGAUUUAAAAAAACAACACAACGUGUUAAUCAGUGAGCUGUUUGUAGUCUGUAGCUUAAUAUUUACUGUACAGACAGACUGACACAGAUUGUCACAACUCUUGGAAGGACCUGAAUAAGUGUAUUUCCUACUUUAAAUACAAAAUAUUAAAGUGUAGUUUCUACUUCUCUGGUUUAAUGGUUGUGUGUUACUUUUAGUUAAGCGUGACUAGCUAUAUGUUAAAGCGAAGUGUGUUCAUGAUAACAAUAAAUGCUCUCUCAAAUAUUCCCAAAUGUGAGUAUUUCCACUCGCAUAGUUUUUUUUUGGGAAACACUAAGUUUCAUUUCAGUAAAAUUCUGUCACUUGACCACACCCACUAAAGUCACCGCCUCAGCUCCUCUGGGCUCAUCUACCCAUUUCCACACAAGACAUGAUUAGCACUGAACUGUCUUUGGUGCUAUAACUUCGUAGUCUUCAGAGCCUUGAGUUUACUUAAGGAACACAGUAGAUUCAGAAAUCCCAUAAUGUCAUCAUUAAGUGUCCUCACCUCAAUGCCAGAGGGCUGUUUCCAGUGUUCAAUCUGUCUGAAUGUUUUCAGUGACCCAGUCACUACACCUUGUGGUCACAACUUCUGCAAAACCUGUCUCAGUGAGCACUGGGACAACAGCGAGUUGUGCCACUGCCCGGCAUGUAAUAAAAGGUUCCACGUGAGGCCUGAGAUCUCCACAAACACAGUCAUUGCAGAGAUUUCAGUGCAAAUAAAGAAAAGAAAAGUGGAGACACUUAAACAUGAGGAUACACCAUGGCAGGUGAAGUGUGAUGUGUGCACAGAAUUAAAGUUCAACGCCCUGAAGUCAUGCCUGGUGUGUUUGACAACAUAUUGUGAAGCCCACCUGGAGCCUCACCAGAGAGUUCCCUCCCUGAUGAAACACCGGUUGAUCGACCCAGUGAAGAACCUGGAGGAGAGGGUGUGUGAGAAGCAUGGGAGGAUCCUGGAGCUUUUCUGCCGGGUUGAACAGGUGUGCAUCUGUCUGCUGUGCAGUGAGGGAGACCACAGAGACCAUGAGACAGUGCCCGUGGAAGAAGAAGGGGCUCAACAGAAAGAAAAUAUUGAGUCUAAAAAAGCAACGAUCAAAAUAAUGAUCAAUGAACGAAUGGACAAGAUAGAUGAAUUUACGGCAUCAUCUCAAAUGAGAACAGAAAAAACAAUGAAAGAGAUUGAUGACAGUGACAAGCUCUUCAAAAAUCUGAUGAGUCAGGUACAAGUGAUGCAAAUGAAGCUGAAGUCGAACAUCGAGGACAAGCUCAGAAAAUCAGAAGAGCAAUGCAAAGCCAAGGUUCAAGAGCUACAGGAGGAAGUUUUAGCACUGCAGAGAAAGCACUCAGAACUGGAGGAGCUUUCACGCACCGAUGACCACCUUCAGCUUCUGCGGACUUUGCAGGACCUGAGCUCCAUAUCAGACACCAAGGACUGGUCUAAGAUCAAGGUUUACUCAGACCUGUGCAUGCAGACAGUGAGGAGAGCCAUGACUUAUCUUGUGCACACUUUUCAAACUGAAGUGAAAACGUUGACAGUCACAGAACUGACCAGAAUGAGACAAUAUAAAGAGUCAGUCAGCUUCGACCCAAGGACUGCUGGUACUGGCCUUGUUGUGACUGAAUCUGGGAAACGUUUGAAGUACAACAGAAUGGCAAGCUCCUCAUCAUCCGAUGAAGACUUGGAGAAGUUUGACUGUCCUGUCAUUUUUGGAACAAAGGGCUUCACCUCUGGGCGGCACUACUGGGAAGUCCAAGUGGGCCUGAGAAAUGACUGGGAUGUUGGUGUUGCCAAGGAAACAGUAAUCAGAAAAGGCAGCAUUAGUCUAAAAAGAGAUAAUGGAUUCUUUUCCAUGGGAAAGAGGGGUUAUGAUUAUCAGGUUCAAGGUACACCCUACACUGUCCUCUACCUGUGUCCCAGGCCAAGAUAUGUAGGAGUUUAUCUGGACUAUGAGGAAGGCAGAGUCUCCUUCUACAAUAAUAAUGAGAAGGUGCAUAUUUACUCUUUUAUAGGAGAGAAUUUCACAGACAAACUGUUUCCAUACUUUUAUCUGCACAGCAAGGCAAAGAAAUCAGAGCCUUUGCUUAUUACCUAUUUCUGAGAAAUAAACUCCUAGUGCUCUUCUAUCCCUGAUCAUUGAUUUUUGCCAGCUAAAAUGACUUCCUAGCAGAUUUCAUCAGCUAUGUACAAUGCAACUACCUAAACAAAAUUUAGUUUCAUGACUUGAUAUAGGUGAUAUCACACCUAGAGUGGGGACGCUGUUGAAUUUUCUAAAAACUAACUUGUCCUCAUGUCCACAGUUUUUACUCCUUUUUACAUAGGUUUUUCACUGAAUGGUCGACAUAUUUGUGAUCUUCCUGACAGAUCUAUGGAAGCAAAUAUGUUCACAGAAGAUGUACAGUGAGUAGCAGAGUGACAUGAGUGCCAACCAACUCCCACAUUGACUCCUGUGUAUAGCUGAUUGGUGUAUAUAUCAAUUGGAUAGCUUUACAGCUGAAGUGUAUAGUUGGUCCUGAUGUGCAGGGUCUUAUUUCAUUCUACUACAAUAUCUACAGUAGCAUAACAUUUUGCUGAGUAGCACAUUAGCAGAGCAGCAGCAGGUUCAGUCCCUCAUCUAUACAGGAUGUGUCCUGGCAGAGUAGUGAGUGCAGCUCAAACAUUUUUGGCUCGGAGCCCAACACACGAGAGAAAAUAAACUUGAAAUGUAAAAAUAUGCAGCCCAUGCCCCUCCUGUGUAGACAUGCCAUAACAAUAUUGCAGCUUUGUUGCCUAGCUUGUUAGUAACGGUAUGUUUUCCCUUCACGUUCUGUAUCUAAGACUCAUUUUCACACAGCAGAGUGGAAUACAAAUCUCACAGUUCUUUAAAAUAUAAUCUGUAUAUGAUGGUUCUCACCCUUGGAAUUGAUGCUCAGUUACUACUGUUGGCAGUACACUGGUUAGCCAUUGGUUUUGGAAAGGUUUAAAUGUUUUUGUAACACUUUUACUGCAACCUCACCUUCAACAUUGUCAGAUGAAGAUAUAAUCACCUGUUGCAUGUUUUAAAUUACAUGACAAUUUGUUUUAAUUCUGAUCAUU